AUGGCCAAUUCUUCGGAACUUAAUUCCAUCGAAGGAAACUUAACUGAUACUAGUUCAAAUGUUUCUGCAAAUGUUAAACCUUUCUCUCCUGACGUUCAUCCAUUGGCAUUCACGAUUGAAUUCAAUGAUCAAAAAAUUGAUGAAGCGAGAAAAUCAAAGGUUCACGAAAGGUUGAGCGCGUUUACAUUGAAACAUAAAAGAAACCCGUCGUUACCUGAUUUUGGAGCCGUUCAAAAUGCCAAUGGUAAUACACCAAUCGAAAAACUGCCAUCACCGUUAAAUUCACAACAUGUGCCUAUUAUUGGAAAAACUAAUCAAAAAUUUGGUAAUAAUUCCGAUAUCCAAUGGAAAUCAUCUCCAUUAAAAGCAAUCAAAAAUGGUGAUUUAAAAAGUCCAGCAAUAUUGAGAAAUUUAGAAGUUAAUAACAUAAAAGAAAAUUUUUUGAAACAUUUCAAAAAUGGCAGAAGGAAUUCACUGAAUGAUAUCGACAGUAAUAAAAUGUCACAUCAAACAGGUGAAAUAUCGAUAACUCAAAAAUUUCAUGUGAUUAAAAAUGGUGGCGAUGAUAGGAUUCAUGUAGUUAAAAAUGGCGGAGAAGAUAGAAUGGCAGAUUUAGAUAACAAAUCAGAUACUGUAAGCGAAGCUGGAACAUACACUGUGGAUAAAGAGGAUGAAAGUCCGGAGAAUGAAGGAGAUAAAACACAGAUAAUGAUAGAUCAAGAUGAAAUGAAAGAAAAUUUAAAUGAAACCAAGUCAAGUUUUAGAAGUAGUUGGAUAAACGAUUGGGUGAGAGAUGUAGAAGAGCAAAACAUGCGAAAUCCUGCCUUGAAAGAACCUUCAAUCGCUUUGAGAAGUUCAGGAAGCGGACAUGGUUCACCAGGUGCAUCAAAAAUUCCUUCACCGAUAAAUACUCUUAGUAGAAAAGUCAAAUUAAGAAAUAAUGGGCCUACUGAAACAUUUCCUAACAAAAUAAACGGAUACAUGAUACAUAAACGUUCUUCUAGUCUUAGUGCCAAGGAUUAUAAUGAAAAUCACGGUAGCGAAAGCAGCAUAGAAACGGAUUCGUUUUUAAGAGCAACCGAAUCCGUCAUGACUUCAAUGCAGAACAGAAUGAGAAUGUCGCUGGAUAGCAGAACCAUUUCGAAUUUUCGCAAACCUGAAAAAAAAGAUUUUAAUUACAAAGAGAGACCUCAUCCACCGAGCACGGCAUCCGACACCGACACGAAUAGCGAAUCCGAGGGUAAAUUAUUUAAAAAACCCAUCGGGAAUCCCUUUACAUCCGCCAGAUUAAACAGAGCUUUCAGUUUACGAAGAGCUAAAGCCGGACCCGAGGGUGAUAGUAAUAAUAAUAAUAAUAACGGUAAAAAGAAACCCUCUACGAACGGUAAGGAAACGGAAAUGAAAAACUCGGCGGUUAAUUCGAAACCGGCAUCGAGUUCGAAAAGCGUACCUGCCAAACCACCGGUUUCGACACCUUUUUCAAGGACCGACGUCGGAAGGUUCAGCAUGAGGAGCACCGUAUCGAGCAUCAGAUGCAUGACAGGAUAUGUUCGACUAUAUGGUAGUUAG